AUGGCUACAGAAGUCAAGCGAGUACCCAUUCCUCGACGGGGUGUAGAUUACCGUGGCAAGGUUGUUCUUGCGCCUAUGGUUCGCUCAGGAGAGCUUCCAUCAAGACUUUUGGCUCUCAAGUAUGGCGCAGAUCUUGUCUGGGGUCCUGAAACUGUGGAUUACUCCAUGAUUGGAACUUGUCGUCGAUUUGAUGAAGACUCAAAAACGAUAGAGUGGUAUCGUCUCUCAUCCCAUGGCCAGAAGGACCCUCCUCCGGAUGCCAAGGAGAGCAUAAUUUACAGAAUGCUGCCAGAUGUUGAAAAAGACAAGCUUAUCUUCCAAAUCGGCACAUCAGAUCCCGAUCGUGCAGUGGCAGCCGCUAGGCUGGUGGCCGCAGAUGUUGCCGGCAUUGAUGUCAACGCUGGUUGCCCAAAGCCCUUCAGCACUAGCGGAGGAAUGGGUGCCGCUCUUCUCAAGACUCCAGAUAAACUGUGCGCUAUUCUUGAAGCUCUUGUUAAAAACAUUACCCCUGAAUUUGAGAUUGGAAUAAGCGUUAAGAUCAGACUCCUCGACACCGCGGCGGAAACAGAGGCGCUCGUCCGCCGUCUUUGUGCGACAGGCAUUACAGGACUAACCAUCCAUUGCCGGACGACACCUAUGAGGCCCAGAGAGCGGGCUAUUAGAGGGCAACUCCGUAUGAUUGCGGAAGUCUGCCAUGAGUAUGGUGUUGCCUGCUUGAUGAACGGCGACGUUGAGGAUAGGGACCAAGGUCUCCAGCUCGCCAAAGAGUUCGGUGCGGACGGUGCAAUGAUUGCAGCUGCGGCUGAGAAGAACCCAAGCUGCUUCAGGAGUGUAGCAGAUGGCGGACUGGCACCCUGGGAAGAAGUUGUCGAUCAUUAUGUGAAGACUGCGAUUGAUGUUGACAACCGGUUCGGUAACACCAAGUUCCUGCUCUCAAACAUGGUCCCUGGAAAGUCAAAAUCUUACCAGCCAAUGAACCAGUCCAAGAAUUAUAAGAGCAUCUGCAAGGCGCUAUCACUCGAAAAACACCUCGAGUCCGCUCGUAUUAUAGAUAGCAAGCGAGGGCUGGAUCAGCCCCUGCAGGGGAAAGCUGCAGAGAAGGCCGCAAAGAGGGCUGCAAAAAGGGCCAACGCACAGGCCAAUUCACUGCCGGUGAAGUCAGAAGAAGAAAAUGAACAGAAGCGCAAGCGGAGAAUGUCUGAUAACAGACCCGUGAAGCAGUUGAAGACAUCUGAACCUGCACCAAUUGCAACGCCUGUUUAG